GUCCAAUAUUUAAUGUGUGGGCGGGCACUGCUGAACAUUCUGAUGUCACAGGGUAACGUGACAUCAGAUGCCUCUGGAACUUUAGUCAUUAAGGAAGCACUCCACUCAGAAUUCUCACACUUCUACCAGUUGAGCUCAAAGAGAGACAAACGUUGGAAAAACUGAAGCAAGACUAACUUAAAUCAGCUAAACACAAUGAGCUACGGCAAAUGUAAGUAUUUUUUCUUUAAACAGUUAUAAACCUGGGAUAAUAAACUUCUGGGAGAUCUAACUAAAAGAUUUCUGACAGCAUUGUCAGUGAUAAUUUAAGCAGAAAAAGUUGUUGUUUUUUAUUUUUGAUUGAAAUAUGAAAAGUUUCAAAGUAAUUGAUUCUCAGGUACUUUUCAUACAUUCUGUAGAUUGUUUAAGUUGACUUUGAAACAACAGCAAGACAAUGAGUUAAUGUACAAAUGGAGAAUUACACUCUCUUUAGUAGAUCUCAAAGGCAGUCAAAAUGAUGAUCUGAUUUUCAUGACUAGAAAUACUGACAGUUUUAAACUUGAAAUAACAUUCAACACAAAAAGUAAAUGUCACAGCUGUGUUGUCUUUGUAAAAUGCUUUGUGUCAGAGUCACUGACAACCUUCGCGUUUUCGUUUUUCUUCACAGAUAUGUUGAGAAGAAGCCUCCGUCUGCUAUUGAACGGGUACUACAGCUCUGAUGGAGUACCGACUGUUUCAUACAAAGAGACCAGAGUCAGGAGACGCAGAAGUCGGUGGCUAUUAAACGCAAGAACAACAGCGGUCCCUGUAGAAGACGGCAGCGGCAAUGAAAAUCUGAAAAACUACACACUGAACACACUGUGUUGGAUCAUCAUCAUCAUCAUCAUCUUUUCCCUGUUUUAUGGAUGUGCCUACCUGUUUUCUGCUCUGUCCUCACAACCUUCAGAGACACUUGUUACACCAACUGCAACGCACAUGGUCUUAACCCCAGGAUGCAAGGAUCUGGAAAAGCUUAUAGCCAACCAGCAUGAAGUGCUGCUGAGGAUAAAGAAAGAGCUGGACUACCUUCUACCACCAGCAGAUCUGUUGCCCAACUUUGCUCUGCAAUCUCAAGGAGCGAGGAUUUUACACCAAAUGACCUCAGACACGUAUCAGAGCAGAGAAAGAUGUAGUUUGUGUGGAUUAGCAAUACAACGACCAACUGUGGGACCAACGAUUGUAAUCCAGGGAAAAUCCCACCUGCUUCCAGGACAAUGCUGGGCCUUUGCAGGUUCCCAAGGACGUUUAUCAAUUGCCCUGCCUUACAAAGUUUCCAUCAGCCAUGUCACCCUGGCUCACAUUCCCAAAAUGUUAUCACCGACUGGCACCAUCCCCAGCGCUCCAAAAGAGUUUUCUGUCUAUGGAAAGAACGAUUUGGUAGACGAGGAGAGCCUUUUAGGAACUUUUCUCUAUAAUGAGGAUGGAGACCGGCUGCAAACCUUCAAAAUCCCUGAUCAUAAAAUGGGUGCCUUCACCUACAUAACUUUACAAGUGAAGAGCAAUUGGGGCCAUUCUGAGUACACCUGUCUCUAUGGCUUUCGGGUACAUGGAAAAUUGGAGAAAUGAACAGGAGGACAAAGGAGAAGGAAAGGGGAUAAUCAGAGGGUAGUGAAGAAGCAGACUCAGAGGAUGUUGUAUUGCUGUCUCCCCUUUCUCCCCUCUAUACUUUUCACCUUUUCUCCAUUUUAAGCAAUUUGUCUCAUCUGUUUUGCUCCUUUUUUCCCUUUUCUACCUUCCUGUUUUAAUGUCCAUUUAACAUGAAAUUGUCCCAGUAUAAAUUGUAUAUAAAUCAAGCGGAGCAUUACGGCGAAAGCAGUACAGCUCUACUUGUGAAAGCAAAAUCUGUUGGGCAAUCUUUGGCAUUAAGACAACAAUUCUUUUUGCCACAUUGCCAGACAGGACACAUGCACACACAAAAAAACAACAUAACAUGGAGAAAAACAAGUGGCAAAAACCGAGAGAAGUAACAUCUCUGUCCCGCACAGCUCUGGGAGAAGAAUGGAGGGGCGCUGAAAGGUAAAUUGGUUCCUGGAUCACGGCUUAAAUAGGCAGAAUUUGAAGCAUGUUGCCACAGAUCAAUGCAUCUUUUUCUCUGUGCGUCUUGGAAAGCGAGAUGCGCUCUGCUUCUCGCUUUCCAAGAUGCACAGUGGGUUUUCAUUAUAUAAAUUUUUGGAGAGUUCCAAAAUCCUCCAAAUAAGAAGAUAAUAAUCUUCCUCAAGAUUAUGUGUACCUUGGCAUGUCUACAUUUUAGUCAUUUUAUUGGGCUUAUGUGAUAUUGUAAUUUUGUGAGUAAGUGAAAUUUGAGUUUUAACAAGCAGCAAGCCAUAAUACUCAAAAUCAAUAUAACUAUAAAUAUAUUAGCCAGAAAGUGGCUAUAAAAGUGUCAGCAUGGGGCUCAGUCUUUGUUUUUGGUAUUGUUUGUUCCUCAAACAAUCCCCUUACCACCCCUCUAUGCAGGUGUGGACCACAAAGGAAAGGAGGGAUGCCUGCAUUUGAUAACUGACAAAGGUUAUCAAACCAGAUUCAAUUAGGAAAACGACCAACUUCACCAUCAGGAGUACUCCUCUAAAACUACAACAACAUCAGCUCAAAGGAUUUCUUAACUGUACCCCUCUUUCCUAUUAGGAAGGCACAAUUAAAUACAAAAAAUAUUCUUUGAUACACAGGUCUCUGCUUAAACCGUGGUGAGCCAACAUACUCACAGUUCCACUAAGUCAAGUUUAGUACGUACAAGAAAAUAAUAAUUUCAUUUUCAGUCCAGACUUUAUCUAUUAUAUAUUCCAAGUCAAUAGGCUUACCUGUGGAUAAGUUUUCAAACUUUUAUUCUUUUUUUUCAACCAUCUUCACUGCUUCUGGAUAGCUUAUCUUAUUGAUCGUUUUAACUUGUUGAAUUUUUACCACCCUUUUCCUGACUUCCCCAUAUGUCGCUGUACUUACCACCACAGUAUUCCUGCACAUCAUCUUAAAAUUCUUGAAAUUAAUGAUCAGCACCACAUUUGGGCUUCCAUUUCAGGUGGCAGCUAUGAGCCCAUAUCUUUGACAUCUUCAAUUCUCGAAACACACUAUAAUCUUUCUUUUUAUUUGGAUCACAAACUACAUUAGAGGUGCAUUCCUGAAGGUGCAAAACUGGAGGUGUGCAUUAACACCACCGUCUGGUUGGAGCGUGGUUCUUCAUAGGUUUGCAUCUCAACUGUGUGUAUAUGAAGGGAAAUGUGUCUUAUUAUUCAAUCAAACAAAAAUCACAUUAAUUUUGUUCACAAAAUGUGUCAUUUAUGUUAAACUUGUAUUUGAUCUUUUCAAAUUCCAGCCUAAAUCCUAUUUCAUGCUUACAUUUCAGACCUACCAAUAUAAGAAUUUCUACUGUUUCAUCUUCCCCAUGGUGGUAAUAACUCCCUGUAUUAUACUUUGGCCCCCCCUCUAGCCUUGCCUCUGUCAGUCCAUGAUCUUAUCCUCUUUGGUGGUCAAGAAAUAUGAAUUAUUUCCAAAAGAAUGAGAUCCUGGAUACAGUAAUAGCAGCUGAAAUGCACUGGUGGAGUGUGGGCUGGACUCAGCCUUGGAGCUAGGGUGCGGCACACUGUGACCCGUCGGGAAUGCCGAGACAAGUCACUGCUACUUUGCACUGACAGGAGUCUGUUGAGGUGGGUCGGGCGUCUCAUUCUGGAUGCGUGCUGUGGCUGUCGAUCAGUGGGAGGAAUUGUUGUUCUGCAGUUGUAAGGUUUUGGGUUCGAUGCCAGCUCUUUGACAGGAGUAGACCAAAACUAACCCAGGAACUCUCAAAGUGACCACAUAUACCUUCUGGCCUUAUAGUUCCUUGGAAUUAGCUGGAAAUUGCCACUAAAGCGAGACACGCCACCAUAAAUUUUACCCAACCAAUUUAACGCAUGUUUGUACGUUGAUUGCUUUGAAGCAGAGACAGACAAUAAAAUCAUAUGACCGUGAGAGAAUUUAGGAGUAAGCAAGUUCAGACCAUGAGCGAUCUCUGACUUGUCAAUAAUAGAUAAGGUUUAAUGACCUCUGCUGCAGCUCCUGGCUCUGUUUGACAUGUAGUGAGAUAAUGACUGCAAAAGGAAGGCGGGUGUAACAUCCCAUUAUUGAGCUCAGAAAAUCCUCUUGUUUUAUGGUUCUCAAUAACUAUCACCUUCUUGUUUGCCUUCAGUAUCUAUUCCAAUUUUUUUUAUAUCCAUUUUGUUUUCUUUCUUUGCUGAAAGACCUGACAAGAAAAGAAGCAGUUCUUAUUUUCUCAUUCAGAUCAAAAGUAAGAGCAGUUAGAUAUGAAAAAUGUUUCAUCACUACAGCCCCAUUCUUGAUCAUUAGUGACAUGUGCAGGCUAUCUUGAAUCCAGUAAACAAGCGGUUACAGAUUCACAUAACUUUGUCGUACUUCACAGCCUGGUAACAAGCUGUGAUUUACUGUAAAUACCUCACAGAGCCACGGCAAAACAUAAUGGUGAUAUCUUUGCUUCAGCACAUAAGUGACAGCUUUAUUGCUGUUUAAAUUCCUUAUGAGGAAAUUCAGUCAGACAGCUCUUUCAAGCAGUCAACUCACAUAUGCAGUGUGAAAAUGCCUUCUGGAGACGGACUGACUUUAUUUUUAUUGUAAACACUGAAUUAUAUUUAAAAAUGAUUAAGCAGACGGUUUAAUUUGUCAUGCUAAGAGAAACAAAAGUUUGGAAGUAAUCAUACAUUCACACAGAGCUUGCGCUUAAAAUCUGCUGUUGAGACCAAACAUUUGAGCAGCUUUGUGAAUUUUUUUUACCCAUGACAUUUAAACUGUUCUUGAAAUUAUAAGAAACUUCUAAACUCUUGUU